AUGAGCGAAAUCCGCAACCCGCUCGAGGGCAUACCCAAGGCUCGACUCUUUCGCGACGUCAAAGCAUUCGCCGAAAAGCGCGGUCUGGGAGACCAUCUCGCCGUGUUGAAAAAAGGCGCCCUUCUGGCGCAGAACGAGAUCGCAGCAGAUGAGAUAGCGGGCGACGAGAAGCUCAGCGACGAUGAGCUCACCAUCCUGGAUACAGAAGUCAAGCACAAAUGGCGCAUGCCAUUCCGACUCUUCCUCACCAUUGCGACAUGCUCCAUUGGCGCGGCCGUCCAGGGAUGGGAUCAGACCGGUUCCAACGGCGCCAAUCUGUUCUUCCCCGGGUACUACGGUAUCGCUGAUGGCUCCACGCGCUCGCGGAUCAUUCUUGGUGUCGUGAACGCGGGUCCCUACAUUGGAAGCGCCUGCAUCGGCUGCUGGCUGUCCGAUCCCAUCAACAGUAUCCUCGGUCGUCGGGGUGUCAUCUUCGUCUCUGCACAUUUUUGUCUGUGGCCUGUCCUUGCCUCUGCCUUCUGCGAGACUUGGGCGCAACACCUGGCGUGUCGUCUGUUGAUGGGCAUCGGGAUGGGCGUGAAAGCCUCGACGGUGCCGAUCUACGCUGCCGAGAACUCGCCGGCUGCCAUUCGUGGUGCCCUCGUCAUGUCGUGGCAAAUGUGGACUGCUUUUGGCAUCGCUCUCGGCACAGGCUUCAACCUCGCCGUCUUCCGCAUCGAACACAACUGGCGCUGGAUGCUUGGCGCUCCAUGUCUCCCUGCCAUCCCACUACUCUUCCUCAUCUACCUGUGCCCCGAGUCGCCUCGCUGGUUCAUGAAGAAGGACCGCUACCCCGAAGCGUGGAAGAGCAUGCGUCUUCUACGCCACUCUGAUCUCCAGGUGGCACGGGACAUUUACUACAUCUCUGCCCAGCUCGAGAUCGAGAAACAGCUCGCCGGCAAGACAACGUAUCCUCAACGCUUCCAGCAGCUUUUCGUCGUCCCUCGUGUUCGGAGAGCAACACUCGCAGCGUUCACGGUCAUGAUUGCCCAGCAAAUGUGUGGCAUCAACAUUAUUGCCUUUUACUCGACAUCCAUCUUCCAAGAGGCAGGCUUGAGCAGUUUCCUGGCCAUGGUGGGUUCGUUCGGCUGGGGCAUGGUCAACUGGCUGUUCGCCUUUCCUGCGUUCUGGACAAUUGACACGUUUGGACGUCGCAACCUACUCCUGUUCACGUUUCCCCAGAUGUUCUGGACGCUCCUCGGAGCUGGUCUAUGCACCCUCAUCUCGCGUGACGGUUCCAUAGGGGAUAUCCGCAACGGCCUCAUCUGCUUGUUUGUCUUUCUGUUCGGUGCUUUCUAUGCGCCAGGCGAGGGUCCCGUGCCGUUCGCCUACUCAGCCGAGGUGUUCCCCUUGUCGCAUCGCGAGGCAGGCAUGGCGUUUUCGGUAUCCACCUGUCUGGGCUGGGCCGGUGUUCUGGGCAUAACUUUCCCUUUUCUGCUCGAGCGCGCAGGCGCCAUUGGUGCCUUUGGCAUGUACGCUGGUUUGAAUCUCUUGGCGUUUGUCAUGAUAUUUCUGUGGGUGCCAGAGACAAAGCAGCUCUCGUUAGAAGAGCUGGACGGGGUGUUCAAUGUGCCCACGAGGUUCUUCAUGAAAUACCAGUGUGGCACUAUUGCGCCCUGGUUUGUCAAGCGGUAUUUUCUGUUUGGGUGGAUGGGCAGCAAGCAGGAUGCGUGUCCGACGCUAGUGAAGGAGGACGACGAGGGGAUAUGCAUGAUACCAAUGUCGGAGAGCAGCACCCCAAUCUUGAGAAGAGCAGCUGCUCAUAGGGUUUCGAGAGCUUAG